CUGAGUCACACAUGAGUGUACACAUUAUUUGACAGUGGUCAUUGUUGGUGAAUGAUUGUGUGAAAACGAGUGCGAUUUUAUGUACCUUUUUAUGGAUUUAUGAGUUAAACGAUAAUUAAAAUGGCUUCUGUUAUGGGGAGGCCAGAAAUGUCCUCGAGAGGGUGCCGACCCUCUGAUGGAGUUCCUGACAUGAUUGUGAUUAGCAACAUUGAUGAAAAUGGAAUCAAUGAGAACCUGAGGACCAGAUACAGGAAGGACCAAAUAUAUACAUUUACGGGCUCUAUUCUGGUGGCAGUCAACCCCUAUAAGAAUGUGCCCAUCUAUGAACAGGAGAAUGUGGAGGUGUUUAGCGGGAAGAAGCUGAGCUCUAUGGAGCCACAUAUAUUUGCUAUCACAGAAGCUGCUUUCCAGCGACUCAAUGACAACAACAACACAAACACAGACGAGCGCACAAACCAGUCAUGCAUCAUCAGCGGGGAGAGUGGAGCAGGCAAGACGGAAAACACAAAGUUCAUCAUGCAGUACCUGUGUUCAGUGACGAACCACACCUCGUUUUGGGUCGAACAACAGAUCCUCGAGGCCAAUACCAUCCUCGAGGCAUUCGGAAAUGCCAAAACGGUCCGGAAUGACAACUCGAGCCGGUUCGGAAAGUUUGUCCAAGUGUGUUUUGACAACUCGUGCCAGAUAAAAGGCUGCAUUGUGCAGGACUACUUGCUGGAACAGUCUCGCAUCACCUUCCAGUCGGCCAAUGAGAGAAACUACCAUGUGUUCUAUCAGUUUAUUGCAGCGGCUGACCACUGUCCUGAAAUUCGGGAACAAUAUCGUGUAGGCUUGUUACAAUCUUACGCAUAUCUUAACCAAAGUGGGUGCUACACAUUAGAUGGAGUAAACGAUUCUUCCAUGUUUGAUCGUCUCCGACUGGCGUUAAAUGUGUGUAAUGUGUCACAAGACAUGGUGCAUGGAAUAUUCUGUAUACUCUCGUCAGUGUUAUGGCUUGGCAACUUAAAGUUUGAGGAUGUGGAAGGUGAGAAAAGCGAGUUGACAGAGGAUGACGUUGAAAUUGUGGGACUCGUGUGUGAACUGCUGGGACUUAAUUUGGAGUCCUUCAUUGAGGCCUUGCUGUUCCGCCAGAUCCAGGUCCGCGGGACAGUCACCAGUAUUCCGUUCAAACACCAAGAGGCCUGUGAGAAUCGCCAUGCAAUGGCCAAGUGCCUUUAUUCCCGCACCUUUGCCUGGCUCGUUGAUGCUGUCAACAAGUGCACCAACCCCGGAACAUUCCAGUCGAGAUUUAUCGGCAUACUUGACAUAUUCGGUUUUGAAAAUUUCAAGGUGAACAGUUUUGAGCAGCUGUGCAUCAACUACACCAAUGAGAAACUCCAUCGGUUCUUUAACCACUAUGUGUUUGCACUUGAACAAGAUACAUAUCGGCAGGAAGGGAUCUCAUUUGAUCACAUCACCUUUACAGACAACUCUAAAUGUGUAGAACUCAUAGAAAAGCCACCUCGAUGUGUUAUGAAGAUGUUGGAUGAGGAAUGCAGGUUUCCCCAGGGUACAGACAAAUCCUAUCUGAACAAGCAGCACACUGAGCUAGAGGAUUAUGAGUACUACAUCAAGGGAGGGGACCGGCGCACAUGGGAGCGAGAGUUUGGUAUCAUGCACUACGCAGGGGCUGUCACAUACACCGUGGCGGGAUUCCUAGAUAAGAACAAGGACGUUCAGCAGGACCAUCUGUUUGAUUUGAUGCAUGGCUCCUCCAACCCCUUCAUACAGGACCUCACUAGGUUCCAGGACCUGUUGGGGGUGAGGCUGGAGGACCUUGGAGGGAGGCAGACAAUCUCACGCACAACCCGGGGCAAACCCACUGUUGGGGACACAUUCAAACACCAGUUGUCUGCCCUGGUGGACAUUCUUUCUACGACCAACCCAUGGUAUGUACGGUGUAUCAAGCCCAACAAUAUGAAGAAGGCCGAUAGCUAUGUGGACACGGAUGUGAUAACCCAGCUCCAAUACUCCGGCAUGCUUGACAUCAUCAGGAUCAAACGAGAGGGCUACCCGGUGCACGUGCCCCUGGAGACAUUCCUGGACAAGUACUCAUGCCUGUUGGGUGCACGUGAGGCAGGGGCCGAACCUAGGUCAGAGGUCAAGGUCAUCCUGGACUCCCUCCAUCUGCCUGCCACAGACUGGCAGGCUGGCAAAACCAAGGUAUUUAUGAAGAACUCUGUGUUUGAGCCACUGGAGGAGAAGAGGCACGAGUUCCUGCGGCGGAAUGCUGUCCUUAUACAGACCUUCUGGCGGGGAUAUAGCAAACGCAGCUACUACCUUCAACUGCGUGUGGCGACCAUCAUCAUUCAGACGGCGUACAGAGCAUUCCGAUACCGCAUCGUCUUCCUGCGCAAGAGGAAAGCUGCCAUUUUGCUUCAGUCACAAGUGCGAGCAUUACUUGCGCGCCGUCUGGCAGCUAAGUUACGUGCAGCUAAGAAAGUGGAGGAAGAGCGCCUGCGACGGGAACAGGAAGAACGAGAAAGACAGGUGCGCGAGAAGGAGGCUGCAGACGAAAUCACUAUACAAGAGUCCCUCAAGGAGUCACAAAAUGAGUUGAACUCGCUCACGCAGCUGAUAGAGUCAAUGUGGACGCACUAUGAGCCCACGGUGGACCCACACAACCUCAACCUGGACGAGAUGUUCUCCUUCCUGCAGGAGGAACGCAGCCUCGACAACAAGCCCGGGCACAGUAACAAGACACUAGAUGACAUUGCGGAUGAGCUAAACGAGCUGAAUGAUUUACUCAGCCAAGACAUGGAAUCCGAAACAAGACCUGCUGUAGACUUUGACAGCAUUUUUGUGGAGAAGCAGGAGCUUGAAUUGGCUGGUGACCGUCAAGUACGCGAGGGUAGCAUUGAUAACCUGCCCCCACCCCCAGAGAUCUCCGCAUCAACAGAAAAUCUAUCCAUAGAAGAGCCCCUCCCACCCCCGCCUGGUGACGAUUCAGAACCCCCAACACUCCCACCAAAAGCAGGCGGUGUGCCUGCACCACCCCCACCGCCACUGCCCUUUGACCAAAAUGGCUUCAUUCCACCACCCCCGCCAUUCCCGCCACCGCUAAGGCCAGAAGAGGGCCGACCCACACCACCCCCACCCCCCGUACGAAGGGACAGCCAUCUUUCCAAUAGGAACAGCUUACUCAGCAGAGCCCGGGGCUCAUCACUUACCUCCCUUGAAUAUCAAGAAAUCCAGAACGCCAUCAAUGAGAUUGAUAACAUAGAAUAUGAGUAUUCAUCCCAGCCUCCGAUCCUACCCCCAAUACCUACCAUCCCAGCUCCACCGCUACCUCCAGGGGUAGAAAUGUCACAGCAGGCCAAAGAAAAACUUGCUCUCAAACAGAGCCUCUCAAUUGAAGUGCCAGACAAUAUGAAUCAAAACAAACUGCAGGUACAGGGACCAGGCAAUGUGGAAGCCCUUUCACCAAAGAUGGCUGUCAAGUUAAAUACUCUUCUGAGUGGGCCUGAGGAUGCUGACACGUUGAUACCCAAUGGAACAACCACCCUGACCCCGCCUACCCCUAUGAGCCCAGUGUCGGACGGGGGUGGGGAUUUCGGGGAAGUGUAUGACUUGUUGGAUUACGCUGAGAAAUACUUUAACGACCACCCAAAAGAUAUUAGUGGUACCCUGAUGAAGAGCUUGAAAAACAAGAAACCUUCAGAGAAGGACAUUUUAAGUAAAGAGCAGAUGCUACGAUUCUGCAAGUCCGGGCUGAUUGCUACAUCACACGUGAAGAUACACGAUACUGAGAACGUCUUCCUUGCGUGCAACAUAUUCAAGGAUAUUACGAAAUGCCUGAAGGAAGAUGUCAAGGACGACUCAUCUUCCAGUGUGAUCCAGACAGUGAUCAAACACGGCAUCAAGCGGAUCGAGCUGCGCGAUGAAAUCCUGUGUCAGCUGAUCAGGCAGACCAAUGAGAAUCCGGACGACAGUAGCCUCAUUCUGGGCUGGCUCUUCCUCUGUCUGACUACAGCUUCAUUCGCACCUAGCAAAAACCUGCAUAAGUACUUGGUGUCAUAUGCUAAGAGGACCCGUUCACACGUGCUGGUGGGGAAGUAUGCGCAGCAGGUGGUCAAACAAGUGACAGUUCCUCGUGCAAUGGCCCGGAAAUACCCACCAUCAAAUGCAGAAAUAAUGAGCAUGCGUAACCUAUCGCCACUGAUCUGCAAGGUUCACUUCAUGGAUGGGAAGACAAAGGCUGUGAGCAUCAUGCCAUGUGACACAACACAUGAUGUACUUGCCAAGGUGGCCAAGAAGAUCGGGCUGCAGUAUGUAGAGGGAUGGGCUCUCUAUGAGUUGACCCUGGAAUAUGAGCGCUAUAUCCGGGCAUAUGAAUAUGUGGCAGAUGUCCUGGCUCACUGGGAACUGUCAGAAAGACAAUCCUCUCAGCUGAGCAAGUAUGAGACAGUGUCGAAGAAGGGUCCCAAGCUUGCGCUGGGUGGCAGCGAUGCCAAACUUGUGUUCCGGAAGCGUGUGUACAGGCACGUCCAUGACAUUCCAAAUGACCCUGUAGAAUACCACCUUCUGUAUGCGGAGGCAGUCAACAAGGUGGUCAAGGAUGAAUUUUCUGUGUCGGACACUGUAGCGUUACAGUUGGCAGGCCUCCAGGCUCAGGUGAUUCUUGGGGAGUAUGAGGAUGGGAAAGCUCAACGUUAUCGCGAGGUGGAGCAGUACCUGUGUCGACGUAUACUCCAACACCAGGGCACAGACUGGGGUGUACAGGUCGCUGCUGCACAUAAGAAAUAUGGGUGUGGUAAGUCUGAGUUGGAGGCAAAGGUGUGGUACCUGACUUGUGUAAAGCAGUUCCCGCUGUAUGGCUGUACGCUCUUCCCCAUCGUACACAAGGGACUCUGGCCCCACGCCCAUGACGCCCUCCUCGCAAUCAACAUGGAUGGAGUCAAGUUUGUACGUGCCAAAGACAAAUGCGUUCUACAUGACUUCAAAUACUCAGACAUUGAGUCCAUCGCUCUCGACCCUAAUGACAAUUAUGUAACCAUGGAGCUCAAGAAUGGGGCAGCAAAAGAUUGUCCCCAGCGAUGCUUCAUGUUCGAGACGAAUCACAAGGAAGAUCUGGGCAAUCUCAUUGCCAGUUACUCCCCUGCCCAUGCCGCAUGGCUCAAACCAGACUAUGAGGGAGUGAAAAAGCAUGGGCGCAUGCUCGAUGUUAUGAAGAUGACAGACGAAGAGAAAUUGAAACUAUACGAGGAUCUCGUGCGUGCACGUCGCAGCCUCUCUGAGACACGCCUUCUCAACCGACCAAUCCAGGACCGCGACUCCAGCUUCCUCAAAAACACACUCAGAAGAAUAACAAAGUCUAAGAUGGAGCGGUUACGUAGCUGCUAUGCGGGUGGGAACAUCGGGAUGUUUGAUGUGAGUUACUGGUCGUUCAGCAAGGUGGCGCUCAAGCAGUGUCUCACGGCCAUGCAGGACCAGACCAUGGAGGAACUUGCACUCAAAGUCUUCAACUCCAUACUCAUAUACUCUGGUGUCAUCGAGUCCGGUGAAUAUGGCAGUGUUGACCACACGGAGAUGAUCCAGACAGUGAUGCAGAAGUGCCAGGAGAGCGAGGCUCUGUGUAACGAGUAUUACCUACAGCUUGUUAAACAAACCACAGACCAUCCAGAACCGAACAGCAAUGUGAAUCGGCGUAACUGGCAGCUGAUGUGUGUAGCAACCAACUGUGUUGUCCCCAGCAACAGUCGGGUGCUCAAGUACCUGAACUCUCACCUGCGCAAGUGCUCCCUGGAUACCACUACAGAGGAGGGGAAAUAUGCUCGCUUCUGUCAUAAGUGUAUGAUCCGUACCCAAGAGAAGAAGCAGCGGAAGUUCCCACCGUCUGCAAAGGAGAUAGAGUGUGUGACUGGGCGUAAACCCAUCAACGAGAAGGUCUUCCUCCUUAACGGAGAUCAUCGGGUCAUAGAGUUUGACGCAGCAGCCACUUGUGGGGAACUGAUUAAGUCAGUUAAGGCGAAGAUUGGCAUGAGGUCGGAUGCUGAGUGCUUUGCUCUAUAUGAGAUCACACAGGGAUCAUCAGACCGGUGCAUGAACCAUGAUGAGCGAAUGUCGGACACGCUUAGUAAGUGGGAGAGAAUAUCAAAGGGGUCCACUGCACGCGAGUUGAAGCUGGUCUUCAAGAAGCGUUUGUUCAUAGAGCCCUACCUGAACCCUAUAGACCCGGUGGAGUGCGACCUCAUCUUCCAUCAGCUCAUAGAGGAUAUAUUUGAACACCGUGUUCCUCUCACACCACAGGAUGCUGUGCGUCUUUGUGCCUUAAAGAUUCAGUCGGAGAGUGAAGAAAUCAAGCCGGGUGAUAUUGAUUACAGUUCUGUGAUGCGUAUCUUGCCACGUGAUAUGCGGCCGCUCGUGAGGCUCGAGGAUAUCGUGAUCCUUCACAAGUCUAUGGCCGACCUGAUGCCCGGUCAGGCUGUACUACAGUUCAUAGAGGUCCUCAAGGCUUGGUCACUCUUCGGGGCUUCCGUGUUCCAGAUUGGGCAAUCCUACACAUCUUCCCUGCCCAAGUCCAUGCUAUUGGCUGUCGACCAGAGGGGAGUGCAUCUUCUAGAGGCAAAAACAUUUAAGUCAAUCCAGUCAUAUGAGUACACAGAUGUUCUCCACACAAGCCCUGCCAUCAACAGCAUAAUGAUGAUCGUCGGAGAUGUUGCCAAGGGAAACAAAUACAUGUUCACAACUAAUCAGGCAUCUCAGAUCGCCCACCUAAUUAAGGAGUACACAGAAGAGCUGAAGAAACGCUCCCUGAUCAUUCCUCCGCAGAAAAUGGACUCCUCCAUGAUCCGGAAUGUGCCGUGUCGCUCCAGUGUGUUCAUUGACUCGUACGACGAGGAACUACUGUCAGCCAUGCUUGUCAAUAGAUCAUAGUUCUUCCAAAUGUAACUGAAGAUAAUGAGGAAAUUAGAUCUGCAUUGUUCAUCAAUGUCAUUGUUUUUUAUAUUUAUAUAAUUUGCACAGCUGUGACUGGAUUUCAGCAGGCAUGCUGACCUGGGGAAAUGGCCAUCUGACAAUGUCAUAAAUCAAACAAUACUUUGAGUCUGAGCAAGAAUUCAGUUUGUGAAGGUCAAUACCAGCAGGUCAAUCACUGAGUCAUUAUGUCAUCCAAUCUCACAAAGAAUCUCAUAUCUCAAGUGUUGCUAGACACUCAGUCAUUUCUGGCAUACAUUCAAGUCAUAUCCUGUUUUCAUUUGCAUCUGUUCACUAUAGACAUAGAGCUACCAGGUAACACACAAUGGGUAUUUGCAUCUGUUCUCUAUAGACAUAGAGCUACCAGGUUACACACAAUGGGUAUUUGCAUCUGUUCUCUAUAGACAUAGAGCUACCAGGUUACACACAAUGGGUAUUUGCAUCUGUUCUCUAUAGACAUAGAGCUACCAGGUAACACACAAUGGGUAUUUGCAUCUGUUCUCUAUAGACAUAGAGCUACCAGGUUACACACAAUGGGUAUUUGCAUCUGUUCUCUAAGGACAUAGGGCUUAUCAGCACUAAUAUUGUAUGAUCAGUUUUCUAAUUAAUAUUUCUGAGUAAUCAUAAAAUCUUUUUUAAAAGGACAUGACUUGCUUAAAUUCUUUAUCUUGCAAUAUUUUGUUGUACAGUCAAUGAUAAGAUGGCCCAAUGCGUAGCAGCAGAAAAUCAAUGAAACCACACAAAUAGACUGUAUGUUCAAAUUUUUUAGUGUUAAACGGCUUCAAUAUGAAAAUAUUAUCAUUUGCAAAAAGUCAAAUAUUAUAGAACUGAAACUGAGUGUUUUUUAUUUAUUGUCAUUUUUUUUAAAUAUGUAUUUGUAAUAAAACUUGCAAGAACAAUUGUCAUGCAUCACAUUUCAUGCACCACAUGAUAUUACAUGAAGGUCAAAGGUCACAGGGUUCACUGUAGUUCAGUGUCACAUGUUAACAAAAAUCUUGAUUUCUUUCUUGAUCCAUUAUCCAUCUAUCAUAGUAAUAUGCCUUUUAACAUGCUACUGCAGAAGGUGUUUAAGAAACAUUCAAUAGUAAAUUAUUAUAUAGGUUUUGAGGAUAUUUGUCUUUCUAAACAGGAAAGAUAUGUUACCCUAAUGCCAGUCACAAUGGAUGACAGACACUUCUUAUAGGCACUUUUUAUACAUGAGGUAGUAACCAGUUAAGACUUAUUAUACUUCUGACAAAUAAAGGUUAAAAUAAAUAACCUGCAGGUAUUUUUGUCUGUUGGCAUGCCAUCAUUUUCGAGCUACACUAUCUUCAGUUAUCUUUGUAUCUUAUACAUUUUAUCAAACUUGUAGAGAUUAUUUUAGAUGUACAUGUACACUUAUUAAUGACAUAUGUAAUAAUUAUGUGCAAUCUCUUGAAAAGAGCCCUGUAAUGUAUGUGUGUGAAUAUUUGUUGUUAUUAUGUUUUAUUGUUGUUGUUGUUUUCUUAUUUAUCGCCAUGUGCUAAUGGUUGAUGCAAGUACAUCAGUCUCAUUGCUUUUUUUUUAAAUAUUUUUUUAAUUAGUAAAAGUUGAAAGAACUCUUGACAUUUAAUUAUUAUUUCUGAUACAUUCAAGUUUUUAAAUAUUAAUUCAAGAACAGUAUUUUUUAACAAAGUCUGCAGCAGGAUUUUUACUUCACAUUACACAUUUUAAGAGAUAUUUUUAUGUGUUUUUGAAGACUAUGCAUAGCAUACAUUGUAUAUUUACUGUGUUGCCAAAGGUCAUUGACUCGAUCACUAGUCAUGCUUUAUUUUGAUUAUUAUGUAAACAUGCACAUUUGUUUAUAAAUGGCAGGUCUCCAUAAUCAUGUUAUGAUGUUCCUGGAGUGAGUAUACACCUUUCUGCAAUCUAUGGAAUAUGCAACUAUUUUGCUCAUUUUUUUCUCCAAGAAUGAAUGACCUUGUAAUUGUGUUAUCAUAAAUUUUACAGCAUAAAUGUUCUGUUACCAACUCAACGCAGCGUUACUUCCCUUACAGUGCAGUAAUCACUGCCACCAUACAAAUCAAGUUAACAUAAUUACCAUUUAAAUUAUCUUUAAUUUUGAAUAAUUGUUUUGUAUUUUAUCCUCAAUGCACCGUGAAAAAUUGAAAUUUGAUAACAACUAUCCAAGAGUGAGAAGAAAAAAACAUUUUAAAAAAAGUUUAUAUAAAAUUAAUAUUGAUCCUCCCCCAUGGUGGAGAGAUGUAUUCUGCUUGUCAGGGGAGAUUACUGCGUCGGAGAUUGGUAAAGUUAGUGUAGUGUACUAAGUGUUAACAUUAUAAAUAAAACUGGUAACAUCAAAAAACAAGAUCACUUCAAGGGCAAAGCAUAAAAGGUUUGGUCUUUUAGAUGGGUUGUUAUUUUACUCCCUAAAAUAAUCACAUGGAAUUAGUUUCUUAGUUCUUAGAGUACACCCAGCAGGUAGAUAGUUAAGCAAAAGUUACUUUCAGAGCAAUGGUGUACACAAUGCAGAUUUCAACCCUUUUUUCCUUCAUUUAUUGCAGUAUAAAACUAUUCUUCUAAAACUAUUUCUGAACAUGUAUUGCUCUCUUAUUUAAUCUUCAUACUGGGUAUUGUGUGUGUUAACUGUACAUGUAUAUAGCGUGCAAUGUGCAAACGUGAUAAGAUGUAAUAAUUACCAUGAUAUAAUAAUAAUUUAAUAAAUCCAGGCAUUAUUUCCA